AUGAAUGGCACCGAAGCUAAGAAUCGCAUAAGCAACGGCAAUAUCAGAGAAGAUGUUGACAUCGAAAUCCCUGACACUGCUCAUCAGAUUGGCAGCGAUUCAUGGUUUCAAGUGGCGUUCGUUCUGACGACCGGUAUAAACAACGCUUACGUGUUGGGAUAUUCAGGAACAAUAAUGGUUCCUUUAGGCUGGGUUGGUGGUGUGGUUGGUCUUUUUCUUGCUACUGUAAUCUCUCUCUAUGCAAACACUCUCGUAGCCAAACUUCAUGAGUUUGGUGGCAAAAGACACAUUCGCUAUAGAGACCUCGCUGGAUUCAUUUACGGUAGAAAGGCUUAUUGUCUUACAUGGGGAUUGCAAUAUGUUAAUCUUUUCAUGAUUAAUUGUGGAUUUAUCAUCCUAGCUGGUUCUGCUUUAAAGGCUGUUUAUGUGCUUUUUAGGGAUGAUCAUGCCUUGAAACUGCCUCACUGUAUAGCCAUCGCAGGUCUGAUUUGUGCGGUUUUCGCGGUUGCGAUUCCUCACUUAUCGGCUCUUGGGAUCUGGCUUGUAGUAUCGACCAUCUUUAGUCUCAUCUACAUUGUUGUGGCAAUCGUUCUGUCGAUUAAAGAUGGAGUGAAAACACAAUCAAGAGAUUACGAGAUACAAGGAUCAUCUAUAAGUAAACUUUUUACCAUCACAGCUGCGUCCGCAAAUCUUGUUUUCGUAUUCAACACAGGGAUGCUUCCAGAAAUUCAGGCGACAGUGAGGCAACCGGUAGUGAAAAACAUGAUGAAGGCUCUAUACUUUCAGUUCACUGCCGGUAAUUUGCCGAUGUUCGUGGUUACAUUCGUCGGAUAUUGGGCUUACGGUUCCUCAACCUCCACCUAUCUGCUAAACAAUGUCAAUGGCCCUACAUGGGUCAAAGCCCUAGCUAACAUCUCCGCUCUUCUUCAGUCCGUUAUCUGUUUGCACAUUUUUGCGAGUCCAACGUAUGAGUAUAUGGACACAAAGUUUGGGGUCAAAGGAAACCCAUUGGCAAUAAAGAACUUGAUGUUUAGGAUCAUGGCCCGAGGUGGGUACAUUGCGGUUAGCACGCUUCUCUCGGCGUUUUUGCCGUUCCUUGGGGACUUUAUGAGCCUCACUGGUGCAGUGAGCACAUUCCCUCUCACGUUCAUUCUAGCUAACCACAUGUAUUAUAAAGCUAAGAACAAUAAGCUUAGUCCUUUGCAAAAGCUAUGGCAUUGGCUUAACGUUGUCUUCUUUAGUUUGAUGUCUGUUGCUGCCGCCAUUGCAGCCCACCUUCUUCGUUUUCCUUUUCUUCUCAGCUCCGAUUCAAACCUGCAUUUCUCUCUUCUCAAUUCUGGGUUUCUCCUUCUGAUACCGCAUUUUCCGUUUGACGUUGAUUCAGAUCGACAAAGAGGAAGACGAAGAGGAACACAGGAGAAAUGCAGAGCGUGCGAGAAGACAGUGUACCCAAUGGAGCUUCUCUCAGCUGAUGGAGUCCCUUUUCACAAGUCUUGCUUCAGAUGCUCUCACUGCAAAAGCACUCUCCAACUAAGUAACUAUUCAUCAAUGGAAGGUGUGUUGUAUUGUAAGCCUCAUUUUGAGCAGCUCUUCAAGGAGACUGGUAGUUUCAACAAGAACUUUCAGUCACCUGCAAAGCCAUUGUCUGACAAACCAACCCCUGAGCUGACAAGGACACCAAGCCGACUUGCUGGAAUGUUCUCUGGAACACAAGACAAAUGCGCUACUUGCACUAAAACCGUUUAUCCUAUCGAAAAGAUAACUGUGGAGAGCCUGUGUUACCAUAAAUCUUGCUUCAAGUGUUCGCAUGGAGGCUGCGCGCUUUCUCCGUCGAACUAUGCAGCGCUCGAGGGGAUUUUGUACUGCAAACACCAUUUCUCUCAGCUAUUCAAGGAGAAAGGAAGCUACAACCACCUCAUCAAAUCUGCUUCCAUCAAACGCAAUGCUGCUGCCGCUACAGCUGCUGCUGCUCUAGCUGCUGUAGAUGCUGUAGAUGCUGUAGAAGCCAUUCCAGAAUAA